UGAAGUUGCCGCAGUCCCGUCACGGCGGCGUGUGAGGAAGGUUUCGGAAACUUGGACUUGGGCGUAGACCUGAUUUUUUUUUUAAAAAUCCCUAGAAGCGAGCGGUCCCCAGAUGUAGAGUUGGGGGCCUUGAGCAAGGUCCAGGGGUGCAGAGAGGGAGGGUCCGCGGCUUGGCGACGAUUGGGGGCCGCGUGGGCGCUUCCCGCCGGUUUUCUUUCCGCUUUUUUAUUUUUGCACGAGGACAAGCCCUGGUAGCCAGACUCGCUGGUGUGUUUAUUCACAUACAGUCGUAGGGAUUCAUUAUUAUUAUUAUCAUCAUCAUUAUUAUUAUUAUUAUUAUUAAACUGGGUGUAUAGAUAGUUUGGGUUCGAGUGGUUGAGGAUUUGUCACGAUCCCGGAAAGAAAGCGGCUGUGGAAUACUGGUGAACAACACUAAGUUAGAUGGACCUUUACUACAGAUUCUGUUUAUGAACAAUGUUAUUUCCAAGCAAUAUCAUCAAGAAAUAGAGGAAUUUGUGUCAAACUUAGUAAAAAGAUUUGAGGAGCAGCAGAAAAAUGACGUGGAAAAGACGCCCUUUAACCUUGUGCCCCAGCCAUCCAGUGUUAUGCUAGAAGAGGACCACAAAGUAGAAGAAUCCUGUGCUGUUGAAAACAACAAGGAAGCUUUUAGUGUUGUAGGAAGUGUCCUGUAUUUUACUAAUUUUUGCCUUGAUAAAUUGGGGCAACCGCUACUAAAUGAAAACCCUCAGCUUACCGAAGGAUGGGAAAUACCCAAGUACCAUCAAGUCUUCAGCCACAUUGUUUCUCUAGAAGGGCAAGAAAUACAAGUAAAGGCAAAAAGGCCAAGGCCUCACUGUUUCAAUUGUGGUUCUGAAGACCAUCAAAUGAAAGAUUGCUCAAUGCCUCGGAAUGCUGCUCGAAUAAGUGAAAAGAGAAAAGAGUACUUGGAUGCCUGUGGGGAGACAAACAAUCAGAAUUUUCAGCAGCGGUACCAUGCAGACGAAGUAGAAGAAAGAUUUGGAAGAUUCAAGCCAGGAGUUAUUAGUGAGGAACUUCAGGAUGCACUGGGCGUGACGGACAAGAGCCUUCCACCUUUUAUAUAUCGAAUGCGCCAGCUAGGAUACCCCCCAGGAUGGCUCAAAGAGGCCGAGCUGGAGAAUUCGGGGCUUGCGCUCUAUGAUGGGAAAGAUGAUGCCAAUGGGGAAACAGAAGCUGGAGAAAUACAACAGAAUCAAAAUGUCACUUACGAUCUCUCGAAAUUGGUAAACUAUCCGGGUUUUAAUAUAUCUACGCCCAGAGGAAUUCCAGAUGAGUGGCGGGUGUUUGGAUCCAUACCCAUGCAGGCCUGUCAGCAGAAGGACGUGUUCGCCAGCUUCCUUACUUCUAACUUCCAAGCGCCGAGUGUGAGGUCUGCCUCCAAGAGGCCUUCGUCUCGGUCCAGCCCAACGAGUCCAAAGAAGGCGAAGAAGGAGGGCAGCGCGGCGCCCGCCCACAUGGAGCCAGCCUCGGAUGCAGAGGCCCUGCCUGCUUCUCCCGGCAGGAACGCCACUCAGUUUCAGCCACCCUUGCCCCCUGGCCUGCCUGCCCCACUGCCACGGGACACUGCGCCCACCUUCAUGCCUCCGCUCCCCAAGGGCACCCUGCCGCCGAUCCCGGGUGACCCACUGCAGACCAGGAUGGCACCUGCGCCCGUGGACGAAGACACCCUGACUCUGGAGGAGCUGGAAGAGCAGCAGAGGCGGAUCUGGGCGGCCCUGGAGCAGGCCGAGAGCGUCAACAGCGAUUCUGACAUCCCUGUCGACACACCUCUGACCGGAAACUCGGUUGCCUCUUCGCCUUGUCCCAACGAGCCAGACCUCCCUGCCCCAGAGGCGAGACCGGCGGAAAAGCAGGUGCCAGAGCAGCCCGAGGAGCCGGACACUUGCGCAGAGAAAUCGGAAGUCGGACGUUCCUCGAGCCCAGGUUCCGAGGCACCGCUGCUGCGCGAGGACAGGGGGGAGGCGGCGCAGGGCAGCCCUGUGGGUGCUCCUCUCGGCAAUGGCAGCGCCGCGCCGGACUGCGACAUCGCGAAUGGGGGCGGCCAGAGGCUCCUGCACGCGGACACCAGUCCCUCCGCAGCCGCCAAAACCCACAGCCCUAUCCCUGACAUGAGCAAGUUCGCGACGGGAAUAACGCCCUUUGAAUUUGAGAAUAUGGCAGAGUCGACGGGGAUGUACCUCAGGAUCAGAAGCUUGUUAAAGAACUCGCCCCGAAACCAGCAGAAGAGCAAGAAGACCUCCGAGUAACGCUUGACCCGGGGCAAGACCUGUUUGGUUGCCUGUACCUUGCGUUCUGGCCACUAGUGCUAAGUGGACAGGUAAAACUGUCUUCCUGUUUGUCCCUCCCUGUUUAAAAAUCCACCCGAGGCUUGUUUGUGGCCCAAAGUCAGGCCUGUUUUAAUGAAUGGAAAGAUCAGGCUCGCUGGUUUACUAUAUUUUAUUCUCACUGCUAAAAACUUGGGGGGAAACGUAAGUAUGAGCUGGUCUAGAGAUAGUUUGUUAAAGUUUAUACUAUUUUUGGAUUGUGAGUGUCCUCCCAGAGUGAUGGUUUUUAUCUGUCUUUUGUACAUCGUUUCCCCUUUCUACAUUUUGCUAAUUACCCUGUAUAUAAGUUUAAUAUAUCACUUUUUAAAAGGAAAAAUUCUAACCAUUUUAAAAUCACAUUUCAACUUUGACAACCAAAUGAGAAAAAUCAGGGAUGAGCAUCUUUACCCCAUUUGGGGUAUUUUUGUAAGUGAUUUACGUAUGUCAAUUUUAAUAACACUUUUACUUUUUUGUAACUGCCUCCUCUAUCUAAGCUUGUUGUACAGGUAAUGUUCAUCCUGUACAAAGGCGUAAUAAACUAGUUUUCAUAUACAUAACCUAAGGCUUUGAAUACAAAAAAGUGAUUCACAGUUAAAUAGGUAUAUAAAACCCUGUAAAUUUGGAAGUAAAUUAUGCAGAAAUUAAUGGAAAUGUAAACAACAGGAAAACAAAGGAAAUACAAGAAAUUGCAAAUUUGUGUGUUUUCAGCCUUAAAUAUAGAAUCAGCAGAAUAGUAAAGUAAUCAUUUUGCGGGGGAAAAGAAUGGAGGGCAGCUAGCCUUUGUAAAAAAAAUAAAAUAAAAUUCUAGAGGUGAACUCUAGAAUAAUAGUUUAAAAUAGAAAGUAGCCAUAAAAAAAUUGCUUUUCAUUGUCAAAUCUAUGAAAGUACUGAAACUAUAGUGUGUGUUUCUUUUUAUUUAUUGAUUUUAGAGAGAAAUACUGA